AUGAAUAACACAGAGUAUCAGCAAAACAUCACAGUUCAAUACUGCUUUCCUGACAAUAAUGCAUCUUGCAGAAAGGAGCUCCACACUCCAACCAACUUACUCAUCCUCUCUUUGGCUGUGGCGGAUCUUCUCGUGGGUCUUUUUGUUAUGCCUGUAAAUAUAAUAAAAUUGAUCGACACUUGUUGGUAUCUCGGAAAAGUAGCAUGCUCUGUUUUUCCAGUGAUCAAUUCUCUUUCACUGUCAGGAUCUCUCUGUAGUCUAAUUUUAAUUGCAGUUGACCGGUACAUUGCUGUCAGUGACCCUCUACUUUAUUCUAGUAGAAUCACUGUUUGUAAAAUGGCUGUGUACAUAAUUCUAGGGUGGUCUUUUUGUCUAAUGUAUGUUUUUGUUUUCACAUACUUUAAUGACCACCUCACUCCAUCUCAGAUGUCCACUAAAUGCUAUGGUCAGUGUGUACUGAUCAUAAAACAUUCCUGGGCGAUUGCUGGCAUUGUAAUUUCUUUUUUAGCCCCUUGCUCUGUUAUACUGGUCUUGUAUUCACUGAUAUUUAAUGUGGCAAGGCGUCAAGCUAAAGCUGUUAGAGCUGUGAAGAACGGUGCCUCACGCCAACAUGGAGUUAAAGUUUCGAGUUCUUCUGAAACCAAAGCAGCAAAAACACUGAGCAUUGUAAUUGUUGUUUAUCUUGCUUGCUGGAUACCAUUUAAUAUAUGUUCUUUAUUUGGUCAAAAUAUUACAUCAUUGUCUAUCAUGUGGAUUCUGCUUGUUUGGCUGAUUCUCAUUAACUCUUGCAUGAACCCACUAAUAUAUGCCAUUUUCUAUCAGUGGUUCAGAGCAUCAGUUAAGUAUAUUGUAACCUGUAGAAUAUUUGAAAACUCAUCUUCAAGGUUAUAUUUGUUUUCUGAUCAUGUGUGA